AUGCCCGCCAGGAGCGGCAGCCAGCGGGUGCAGCUGGACAGGGCUGCCAGUGGGCCUUUGGCAACCACCGCCUCCGCCCCUCGAGCGGCAGCGCUGGUGGUCGCCUGCCUGCUGUGCUACACCCUGCUGGAGGCCGGCCUGGGCGUCUGGUGGUUCCUGCAGCUGGGCACCGUGGGGCCAUGCCAGAAGGACAACGAGGGAUCCUGGAGCAUCGGCAUCUUCAAGGGGCCCUCGCCGCUGCAGCUGCAGCCUCUGGAGCUGCACGAGCCGCGGCAGGACACGAGCGUGGCGUGGCCGGUGGCCAACCCUGUGCUCACCUGCGCCUCCGUGGGCGACUCCCCCAGCAACUUCGUGGCGGACCCGUUCCUGCUGCAGCGCGACCAGAAGCUCUACAUGUUCUACGAGACCAAGUCCACGGAGCAGCAGAAGGGGCAGAUUGGGGUGGCGGUCAGCUCCGACGGUGGCAUGACCUUCCAGCACCAGGCUGUGGUCCUCGACCUCGCCUGGCACCUGUCCUACCCAUUCGUGUUUGAGCACAACGGCCAGGUCUACAUGCUGCCAGAGGCCAGCGGGUCGGGGCGGCUCAGCCUGUACCGCGCCACCGACUUCCCGCUGGCCUGGCAGGAGGACCGCCUGCUGCUGCCGCGCCCGCUCAUCGACGCCAGCCUGGUGGAGUGGGGCGGCCGCUGGUACCUGCUGGGCAGCGACCACACGCGGCCCGGGGCGAUGAAGAACGGCCACCUGGAGGUGUGGCACGCUGCGUCGCCGCUGGGCCCCUGGGAGCCGCACCCCGCCAACCCCGUUGCCAAUGGCGCGCGCGCCGCGGGCUUCCGCAAUGCGGGCCGCCUGGUCAAGCACGGCGGACGGCUGUACCGUUUUGGCCAGGACUGCGGCGCGACCUAUGGCCAUCGGCUGGUUGCCUUUGAGGUCACCAAGCUGUCGCCCACUGAGUUUGAGCAGCACCCCAUUGAGCACAACAUCAGCGGGCUGAGCGGCCACCGCAAGCCAUCGUGGAACAGCGAGAGGCACCAUCACAUUGAUGUGCAGCAGCUGCCCAGCGGCGAGUGGAUUGCAGCCAUCGACGGUGACCGCGUCGCGUCAGGGCCCAUCUCGCGGCGAGCAAUCUUGACGGUGGUGCGCAUCGUCGUGCCCUGGAUUCUCCUGGCGGGCGUCAUGACGCACAGCCCCGCCUUUCGGCGCUGGGCAAUCAGCGGUGGGCUUGUCAGCGCACCAGCAGUCGGGCGCGAGCCGCGCAGCCCCAUGCGCACCGGUAUCCUGCUGCACAGCUCACUGAUGAGGAGGAUGCAGCUUGGGCAGUUGAGCAGGAAGAAAGCGCGGUCGCUCCUUGAGCUGGACGUGGAGUGUGCGGCGCCGCUGCUGAGUGGCGACUCUGGCGAGGCCGGCGCUGUGGAUGGCGUUGUGCUGGCAGCCGUGGAGAAGCUGGGCGACAAGCAGCAGCAGCAGCAGACGCUGUCACCCACCAGCAGCAACGCAUCCAAGCUGGCACAGCAGGCGGCGAUGGAAGAGGGGAGGCUGGGCAAGGCCGCACAGAUCAAGUCGCCACCGGGCGGCACUACGCUGCAGUACCGCGUCACUCGCAGCAUGUCGACACGUGGCAGUGGCGGGGCCAUCUCUCCACCGCCCCUGUCAGGCAUGUCGCGCGCAGGCAGCUUGGCACGCAGCGGCAGCGCUCGUGCGCAGCAGCAGGCUGCUCGGCGGCGGCGCUGCGUGCCGCUACGGCUGCAGCUGGGCACCUUUGGCAUGGCAUUUCUGGCGGUGGCGGCGCUGCUGGGCCUAGUGGGCCUGUACGGCUACGUGGCGCCCUUCCUUGAAACCUCCAAGCCCUUCACCGUGGACGGCCAGUUCAGCCAGGCAAGCGCGGCAGCUGGGCGGCGAUGCUGGUUCACCCUGCUGUGCAUGAGCUACGAGGCGCGCAUGUCCACGCUGCGCCACUUUGUGCGCCACUACAGCCGCUGCCCCUCCGUCUCCGACAUCGUGCUGGUGUGGAACAAGGGCAAGCCGCCGGUGCCUGAGCGCGACUUUGACAGCGCGGUGCCGGUGCGGGUGCGCCUGGAGGCGCUCAACUCGCUGAACAACCGCUUCAGGCAGGACCCGCUCAUACGCAACAGGGCCGUGCUGUCUCUCGACGACGACAUCAUGGUGCCCUGCUCUGACCUGGAGCGCGGCUUUGCCACCUGGCGCAUGCAGCCCGCCAAGAUGGUGGGCUUCUACCCGCGGCUGAUAGAGGGCACGCCGCUGGAGUUCCGCGGGGAGAGGUACUCGAUUGAGCGCAGCAUGUACAACGCGGUACUGACGGGGGCCGCCUUCCUGGACACGUGGACCGCGCUGCCCGCAUACUGGGCCGAUGCGGUGGCGCCGGCCAGGGCGGAAGUGGACCGCGUGUUCAACGGCGAGGACCUGCUCAUGAACUUUGUGCUGGCCAACGCCUCGCUGGCAGCCGGCAGCCGCGACGCGGUGGAGUUCACCCGCCCCACGCGGCGCCUGGACAUCAGCAAGCUGAGCGGCGUGGGCAUCUCCCACAACUGGAACGGCUUCAUAGAGGCCACGCAGGCGAGGCUGGCUGCUCUUUUUUGGCCUGCCCAGGACUAUUUGGCCAACUUCACGGCCACCUUUGGGGGCGUGCCGCUGCAGACGCACAACUUCAACUGGGGCCACUUCAGCCCGCCCUUUUGCGCCAUCACUUCCCUGGGCUGUGUCUAUCUUUGA